GAAUGAACAUGAUUGAAGAGCACAAAGAGAGAGUGACAAAAAUAAGUGUUCAGUCGAGAGAUUUGGAUGGAGACUGUAAGGAUUAGACUGAAUUAAUUUAUUUUUUGAGAACAUCUGUGACAUACCUGGCUUGUAUUUACAAUGGAUUCCGCAUACCUGAGAAAGAGCGCUUUGACCCUUUACAUGUUGGUAGUUUUCAUCCUGCAUGUGAGCAUUGAUACACAAGGUGUAAAAGGUCAAGCCCCCACAUGUCCUCUCUUGAAAGUUCAUAGAGGGACUGUCCAUAAAGCCUUCAUAAACAGGCCUUUCAAGAUCUCCUGCAAUCUGACAUAUUGUGAUGAACAGACAGUGAAUGUGACAUGGACUAAACAAAACAUGAGAGAAUGGAUUCCAAUAUCUGGAGCAGAUCAAAUAUCAACAUCACAAAACUAUUCAUCAUCCGAUCCAAAUAUGUUGACUUCAUAUUUAACUUUCACAAAUAUAUCAAAGCAUCAUGAAGGCUCUUACAGAUGUGAACUAAACUUACCAGACUUCUCUAUGAAUAGCCAUCAUAUAAAUGUUUCUGUCUCAGAUAACAUCACCGAAUAUGAAAUGACAAUAGAAAGAGACAACACUGAUAGCAGCUCUGGUACAUAUCCAUGGUGGCUGCCGUAUCUCUCCAUCUGUUUGGGUGUGCUGAUUCUGGUUCUUAUAGUAAUGCUGAUCUCAAUACUGUGUAUUAAUGGAAGUACAAGUUCGAGAAGAAAGAAUGCACAGAGAUCAAAGGUUCAGUAUACAGCAACAUCUGUCUGGUCGUCAUCAAGCCCCAUUGUUCUGAAGCGUGAUGACUUAGUCUGUGGCCAAGAACUACAGAAGCACUCUCGUGACAGCAACUCAUGCAGUUUAACAUUACAAUCUGGACAGUCUACAUCACACGUGUCAGAUUGUAGUGAUGAUCCUUUGUCUGAGAGGAAAGAUAGCAGGUCAAGUCAGGUUGUAUAUGCAUCUCUGCAUCACCUCGCACCAAAACCAUCAUCUACCACAUCUCGUGAGACACAGGAGGAGUUUUCAGAGUAUGCAUCUAUCCGGGUCUUCUGAUUUUCUGUCUGCAUAACCAGCAGACACAGUUAAACAACAUUUUCAAGUCUCCAGACUUAAAUACUGAGGCAGUUUGUCCAACCGUACAAUACUGUUAAUCUGUUCUUUCUAACUGGAAGCAGGAGAUGUAUUCAUGUUUCACUUUCCUUAUUACAUCACGGAAAAGCAUUGCUGUGAGUUGAGUGAGGUUUCUGUAAGUGAAACUCACACCACUUAUCACAUGUGUCUGAUGCAACACUCCCAUAUCCUGGAGACUAGUCUUAGUGUUAUAAACUAAAACUUAAAAAUAAUGUUUCCAAGACUAGAGAUAGAUUUUUUCAGUACUGUUGAUGUUACAGCCAAAUUAGUUAUUGCUAGUAAAGAAGCUGAGAAGGUUAACUCAUACUUGGGAUAGUAAUAGAUUAUAAAUUAAAAUUAGGUGGAAAAUGCAAAUCUUGUUUGUCAAAGCACACAAGUGAUUAUAUUUACUUAUAUAUUAAGUAUUUUUGAUGUGGACAAAUUUAUACAGAUAAUGUUUUACAGAUAUUUUAUUAGAAUUUGUACAUUUUGUAUGCAAGUUCUUUCUAGAUACAGAGCCUGUAAGAUCUUGCAGAUCUUUUCUUUCAAAUGCAGUUUUGAUCAUAAACGCUUAUUUGAAAUACAUCAAUAUGGGUGCAUUUAACAUUUUUACAUGCCAUACCUUAAACACAUGAGGAAUGGUAUAUUGCUUAUCCCUGGGUUUGUGGAUGUGUAUGUUGUGAUCUUUUAUAUUAUAUUUCGUUUGUUUAUCAUUGUUGAUUCCACAGAAAUUCCCCUGUGAACGGACGACAAAGAGUACUAAGAAAAUGAAAAAAUUCAUAGUUACAAUAAUAACAGCUGUGUUUAUUGUACAACCUUAUUCUGAUUUUCAGUUUAGAACCAUUUGAGCCAUGCACAAUUCUUUUUCGAGCAGUCAAUGCAAUUUGGGAAAGAAAUCAAUUAAGCUUAUUUUAAAGUAAGUGUGUGUGUGUGUGCUCUUGUUUUUGUGACAUAUCAGGACACAACUCUGUAUAAUGACGUGGGUAUCACACAAGUAUUACAAGGAGAGGGUGACUUAUGAGGACAUAACCACAUAACCUGUUUUCAAAACGCUUAUAAAUCAUACAGAAUGAGUUUUUUUGAGAAAGUAAAAAUGCACAAAGUUUCCUGUGAGGGUUAGGGUUAGGUGUAGGGCCAUAGAAUAUACAGUUUGUACAGUAUAAAAACCAUUACGCCUAUGGGAUACCCCCAUUUUUCACAAAAACAAACGUGUGUGUGUGUGAUUGCUGCUACACUUAUUUUGUAAUUAAAUGUUGUCAUGCCAUGACAUAUAAUAUCUACUCCACAACACUGUGAAGGAUGAUGGACCAUUGCAAAGGGAGUCAAGGUUUUGACAAGCCACAGUGAAGCCGAUAAGUCAAAGAGCCAAGGUGGAGCUAUGGGCUUUGAAGACUGCCAUGAAGCUUCAAACACUGAUGCUGAGGUGGAGCUCUACGUUGAUGGGAGUUUCUCUGUGGGCCCGGAUUAUGGCUUUAUGUUUGUGGAGGGUGUGGGCUCAUGUGAGUGUGAGUGGCAUUGAUUAUGCUCCUCCAUCUCACCCUCAGUGAAAGAGAAACCACUCUGUGAGAGCAAUAGCUUAGCAAAAUACCAAAACCUCCCUCGAGGACCAUCAACAGGGAGCAAGCUGUUUAAAAUUUUCUUCAAAUCCAAAAAAAUAAAACAAUUAUUUGUCUUA